CUUUUUCCUCCCUCGACGACAAUUCGACGGUCGAUCAGAGAGUGACGAACGGAUGGCGGCAGUCGCAGGCAGCUCCUCCAUUGCUCCCUCGGCCUCGUCUUCGUCGCAGCAGCCCAUCCUCGCCCAAGGCGACUGGACACAAAAGCUCGUCCAGCUCGCAAAAACUGCUGAACUCAAGAAGCAUGCGCUGACGCUGCAGCUCCAUACUGCGAACAUCCUCUCGGCACAUGCGGCUCUAGACGAGAAGAACAAGGCGAUACAGGACGUCAAGGAACAGAAGAACAAGUGAGUCGUCUCG